GGGGGAGGAAAAUGCACAAACCACGUGGGUUGUAAGUCAAGCGUACUGGGGGAGGAGUCUACUAGCCUUUAGAAAAGGUGACGGCAUACAUGCGUACGUAUGACGUUCAAUCCUAUUGGCCAGUUCAAAAUGUACAAUGCGCAUGCGUACUUGCAGUCAUCAGGGUUCAACUAGUUUAAUAACUUUGAAUCUAUUACUAACUGGAAGUCUUACCAAUCGAUACUAGGCCUUAGUAUUAAACUUUUCAGAAUUCUAUGACUGAAUACGAUAUGGCUGAAUACCUUAAUAAUAAUCAGGGUGAUUAUUAUUGCUUAGACGACCUAGACUUCUUUAUUGCUACAUCUUCAAAUAAAUAUUUUACCGUUGACGAAAAACGCUUUCUUCUUUCAUAUAGAGAUAAAGCUAAUAACAUUAGAGAUACAACUUUUAAUGGCAUAUUGCAUCAUAUGUAUUUUAAUGCUGUAGAUAAUAAAGGGGAGACUAUUGACAUUGUUCUAAAAGUGAUUAAGGAACUUAAAUUGAAUCUCUGGACAAUGUUCAAGAAGAAAUUUCCAUUAUACGAAGUCGACUUUUCUCACGGUAGUUUCGCAACAAAUCUCAUAGCAUUCAUCAGAAUAACAGAAGCAGGAGCCUCUAACGGAACCACAGUAAUGGAAGACCUGUACCUCUUUCGGCCCCUCUUUAAAUUGUUUUUUGAUGAGAAUGAAGACUACGAUAAGUGGGAGGAAAAUUGGGAUGACAUGUCUAGAAAUCCUCUCAACUUCCGUGCGAUUCAGCUUCUGCAUCUUUAUAUGUGGUUCACUUGUCUCGUUGAACCUGAAUUGGCUGAAAUGGCCGUGCGAGUACUCUGGAGCUCUAUCCCAGAUGACCUUCUGACCAAGACAGAUAUCUUUAGUCUUUUUAAGGGAAUCAAUCGUAGAUACUAUCAGAAGAUAAAUGACCUAUGGCAUUGGUACUGCAAUCUAGUAAAUUAUGAGGAAACUUCUGAUAAGCGUCCAAGAUCUCUGAAACACCUUACAAGAUGCAUCAUCAGAAACAGAUUAAGAGACAACAUUAAGUUGCCCGAAGGAGUGGAAGAACUGGGCGUUCCCAAACAAGUCCAGAAGUAUUUACUUCUGAAAGAUUUCUACACGAUAGAAUGAAUACUUUAACUUGGAAUCAUUUAUUCAAAUUAUUUCAUGAAAGAUAUUAAGGACUAAUCUCGAAAGGAUUUGAAUGUUUGAAUUAUGAUUUCUCCAUAUGUUUUUGUUUCCUAUAAACACACUCUUUGCGCUAUUAGUUUCACUGUU